AUGAUCGAUUUAAUAAGCAAUAUACUUUUCAUAAAUGUUUUUAGCGUACCAAUAUUAUUAGUAUUAUUAGUGUUAAUAGUUGCAUUUUCAUAUUAUUUAUUAUUCUUACAAGAUGAAAGUAUAUUAUGGUUAGAAAAUGAAAAUAUUUUUGUUGAUCCAAAGAAAGGUGAGGAACAUAAGUUUCCAUCAAUCAUGGAUAAAAACAUUAAAGAUGAUAAUGUUUACCUUUCAAUCGUAAUUCCAGCAUACAACGAAGAAGUUAGAUUACCAAAAAUGUUAGACGAAACAUUAAAAUUCUUAAACGAUAAAUCAAAAAAGGAAUUAAAAUUCACUUAUGAAAUUAUUAUUGUCGAUGAUGGUAGUAAAGAUAAUACAGCCAAAUUAGUAACUUCAUACAUUGAAUCAUCACCACAAUCAAAUAUUCGUUUAUUAAAAUUAAAGAAAAAUAGAGGUAAAGGUGGUGCUGUUAAAAGAGGUGUUUUAUGUUCAAGAGGUAAAUAUAUUUUAAUGGUUGAUGCUGAUGGUGCAACAGACUUUAAAGAUUUUAAUAGAGUCGAGGAUUAUAUGAAAAAAAUUGAAAAGAACGAAAAUGGUAUUGUUUGUGGUAGUAGAUCACAUCUUGUAGAUAGUGAUUUAGUUGCAAAAAGAUCAUUAUUAAGAAAUGUAUUAAUGUAUGGUUUCCAUAUUUUUGUUGAAACCUUAUGUGUUAAAGGUAUUAAAGAUACACAAUGUGGUUUUAAAUUAUUCACCAGAGAAACAUCUAAAAAGAUUUUCCCAACUUUACAUAUUGAAAGAUGGGCUUUCGAUGUCGAAAUUUUAUAUUUAGCACAAAAAUUAAAUAUUCCAAUUGCUGAAGUUGCUGUCAAUUGGACUGAAAUCGAUGGUUCAAAAUUAGAUCCAUUCUCAAGUUCAAUUCAAAUGGCUAAAGAUAUUCUUCGUAUUAGAAUGAGAUAUCUUUUGGGUAUUUGGAAAAUAAAAUCAUCAAAAUAA